AUGGAGGAGAAGCUGGAGAGCAUGCAGGCCUCGGAUGGGCGAGUCAGAGGAUGGGUUGGCGACCCUGGUUUCCGAGGGACCUGGGACAUCAUUUGGACCUCCAUCGUGACCGUCUUCAUCUGCACCUUCACACUCCUUUGCUUGAACGUGCCGGCCAGACAAGACACUGUCUACAUCCUGUUCAGGCGCCGAGUCCUCUGGAUGCUCCUCGCCAUUCUCGCCCCCGAGAUCGUGCUCACCUACGCCGCUGGUCAGUGGAGUAGAGCGCGACACUCAUUGAACGACUUCCACACCUCCGGGUACCCACAAUGGACCAUGCGGAUGGCAUUCUUUGCGGACAUGGGCGGUUUCGUUCUCGAGGCAAGGGACAGUGUGCCGUUCCCGCUGAACGCGAAGCAGCUCCAUUGGCUGGUGGUCAGCAACCACAUCCCAUACCCGAAUUCCGAUGUCGAUGAGAUCUGGGACAAGUCGAAACAGGACCGGUUCGCACGACUCAUCACAUCCUUCCAGGUCGGCUACACCAUCCUUCACGCCAUCGGCCGCGCUGGCCAACACUUGUCCAUCACGGCCCUGGAGCUGAACACGAUUGGCAUUGUCGUUAUUGCCGAUAUCACCGGAGGACGGCCAUGGAAGACGACACCACUGGACUUCAUCGACGAGAACGGUCCAGGUUGGGCCAUCAACGUCCAACCCUUCAUGCGGAUGCCCGUCAUCCCGCCCGAGCGCCCCAUCCAGCGCAUCCCCAACGACAGGUUUCCCAUGAAUCCAUACGGCAUCCAAGAGUAUUGCCUCUGCUUCGCCACGCUCUUGUUUACGGCAGUCCAUGUGGCUUUCUGGGACCAUUCGUUUCCCACUACGACCGAGAAGGUCCUCUGGCGAGUCUCGAGCCUGAUCCUGUUUGGAGUCACCGCUGCGUUCUGGAUUCUCGAAACAGCGGCUUCCUGGAUCCGGCUAGGACGGUGGAAGUGGAUUUAUCUCUGGCUGACGGACCGAUCUGCAUUGCCUGAGUUCGAAAGGAGAAGGGAUGAAAAACUGAGGGACCAAGGCGCAAGAGAACCGACGACACUCCCGCUCGCUUGGGAGUUUUGGACCAUUGGAUCCGUUGCAUUCCUCUAUGGAGUAGCCAGGAUGUACAUGAUUGUUGAAUCCUUCCUGGAGCUGCGAGACUUGGAUGCAACGGCUUACAUGAACGUGAACUGGUCUAUAUACAUACCGCAUGUCUGA